AACUGAAGCAUCGUAUUCACAUCGCUUUUCCAGUUGGGCUCAUAUCUUUGUUUUCAUUGGAACCCACGGAACCUUUAAGCUGCAAUACCCGGAAAUCUCAUCCACGGCUGAAUCCAUUGACUCAAUAUGACGAAAUCGAACGCGAAGGAGGUGAGAUUCUUUAUUCUUCCUAGCCGCCUACCUAAGGUAGUCGACGUACCUGUGCACAUUACACAACUAGGAGAAAACAUAGCGUGUUUUCAACGAGGUUCCCCGUACAACACUCUUCUCUCGAAAUUUCAGAAGGGCUUCAUGUGCUUUUACUCAUGCAAGUGUCAGACUGCGCAUAAACGAUCGUUUGCACGGAUUCCGCGUACGUGGUCUCAGACUCAAAUCACGACCCAGCGCGCCUCGAGCAGUCAUGCAGCCUCUGGUUCAAUGAUGGACCUAUGGUUGUUAGAAAGCCCAUUGCAUCAACCUUAUCAUGCGAUCAACGAGAUUAUGGUACACAGGACAAGUGACACGCCGACCAAGGCAGCGAAUCAUAUUGUCAAAAGCUCUGACGGCACAGCGCACGUGGCUCUCAGAGCUGACACGCAAGCAUCGACGACGCCGGGCUUGGUCCUGAGAACGCGGCCAUGUUGACGGUCUGUACGACCAUGUUUUGGCGAAAGUAAGGCUGGUGGAAUCACAGGCUAGGAACAAGCCUUUAUGUUACUUGUCUUGCAGAAGUACUAUUCUGAAUUGGACUCAGCUAUAUUUAUCGUUGCCGCUGUACCGGUGUCUUCAGGGCUGGAUGGCUCGAAGUGCGG